UGUGAAAGAUGUAGUUGUCUCCCAACUAAAGGGCGAAUAUUAAGAAGACGUGAACCUGCAGUAAUCGUGAAGGAGAGGAGUCAUCAGAGACCAGAGGAUGGACGCCAUUUGUUGUGACUUUGUGAAAAGAGUUCAGCUUUAUCUGCAUUUUUCGUGCACAUAGUGUUACCACAUCCCCUCUGGCCACGCCGGAGUGGUAUAUCAGUGGACACUCGCUCUGCCCGCCAUCAGUGUCUGACAGCGGCAGCAUGAGGGUACUACUUAUCUUCUCCCUCUUCGUGGUCGGUGAGAGGGUGAGAGCACAUUCUGACUUCCUGCGGUUCUACUCGUCCCGCGAUUGUCGUGGUCAGUCCAGAUUGUUGCAGGGACAUCUCGACCGACAUAGGAACCUGAAUAAGAUCAUCGAGAACAAUGAGAUCAGAAGCGUGCGACUAACUGGCGUGUGGCUCUUGUACCAAUUAAAAAACUACAACGAAUACAUUGGAAUGGUCUACGUUGUACAUGGCAAUAACAUCACAAAGAACUUGCCAUCCGACUUUCCCACAAAGCUUUCUUCCAUUCGGAGGGUCAGGAGAAGUAGUCUCCCCAUGCUCACUCUCUACGAAAGAGAUGAUUACGCAGGCAAAGAGUUAACUGUGUCUGAUAACAGAAUCCAACUUCAUGAACUGCCUCAUGGCAAAGCCAAUUCGCUAAUAAUGACUGGAGAUAUGCCAUGGACGAUAGUCACCAAGGACCACGGGAAGACAAACAGCGCGUGUGUGUAUCCUGACGUCACAUUUGACCCAGACACCGAUGGACAAGUAAAGAAUCUCGGAUUUUACCCCAACACUGAAUCGAUGGGUCUAAGUGGAUCUGUCGUGGCAGUCAUAGCGGGCUGCACUGAGUAGAAGACUGGCCAUCAGCAGACAGCAGAGCGGGGCGCCUCACGCAGCCACACCACCACAGCAGACCUGCAGACCUCACCGUGGCGAGGACUGUCUUGCUGUGCUGCUGUGCUGGACGCAAUGCUGUGUGGAGAAUAAACACUCCACAUUUAAAAUUGCUGAUACAUGAUGUUCAGAAACACUGCUUCUAAUAAAUGGUAAAGCCUA